AUGUCAGUGACAGAGUAUGCUGCAAAGUUCACUGAGUUGGCUAAGUUCUACCCGUAUUAUGAUGGGGCGGGUGCUGAGUUUUCAAAGUGCAUUAAGUUUGAGAAUGGAUUACGCUCUGAGAUCAAGAAAGCUGUUGGGUAUCAGAAGAUUCGUAUCUUUCCUAAUUUGGUUGAUAGUUGCAGGAUUUAUGAAGAAGAUCAUAAUGCACAUUACAAGCUUGUCAAGGAUAGGAGAGGUAAGCAGAACCGUAGCACACCUUAUGAUGCUCCAGUUGGAAAGGGAAAAGCAGAAGUGGCUAAUGGCAAGAGAACUAGUGGGGGAGGAGCUCCUGCUAGCGUGAUUUGCUUCAAAUGUGGAGAACCUGGCCACAAGAGUGAUGUAUGUACUGCUGGGGAGAAAAGAUGUUUCCGUUGUGGUAAGACAGGACACGUAACUACUGAUUGUAGACAUAAGGAAGUUAUUUGUUUCAACUGUGGUGAAGAAGGGCAUAUUAGUAGCAAGUGUCAGAAACCAAAAAGGGAACCAGGAAGUGGAAAAGUAUUCGCUUUAGUUGGGACUCAAACAACUAAUGAAGACAGGAAUACCGGAGGUGCGUAUUUCAUUAGUAAUACUUUAAUUACUAUUGUUGAUUAUUGGUGCUGCUAG